AUGUCAGCAAACCUAUCACCUUCAAAGCUGCAAGACAUCUACGGGGCUGACGCGGAGAAGGUUGCCCUACGCAAGCGGGAGCAAAAGCUGGUGGUUUCCGACAAGAAUGACAGUCGCAUUGAGUUGUUUCUUCACUUUAGCGAGGAAGUGGAAGCGGAGAACGCAAGCAUUCGGACAUCGUCAGUUUCAGCCUCCGCUGACUUGACUGCCGCAGAACUUCGGGGAAAGAAGCAUCAGCUGAACCCUGUGGCAGCAAAUCUGGUCCAUCCCUCGCUUCCCACACCGACUCUGGCGAAUGCCCCGCCUCCACAGGGCCAGCCGCAAGGCCAGCCGCCAGGCCAAGAGCCUCUGCCGCAGCCGAAGAAGAAGGGAAAGAAAGUGGUGAACCUUGAAGUUUGCUCUCCCCUUGAGAAGGCCCAUGACCUGUUGGGGAAGAUCCUGAAGUCGAAGACCCAAGCCUCUGACCUCAGCCUGCAACUCUGGUCCGUGCCCUACGCCGAAGAACUGCAGAAGAAAAUGACGGGCUUCGCCGCAGAGUUUGAGUCAUUGUACCUACAAGUGCACGAGCUGGUUUCGAAAGAGGUCAACGUGCCAGAACCCUACUUGAAGCCGGUGCAAGCCUUUGUGCAGCUGCAACAGACCUACGAGAGCCCGCUGAAGGCUGCCACUGCCUUGUCAAAGAAUGUGGGGCCCAAGAAGCGCCAGGCCAAAGCCAAACCUGGCGCAGAGGCAAAGCGUCAGAAGAGCUGA